AUGUGUUUGGUUGGUCAAGGUAAUGGAAUCACCGAUUACAUAGAGGAUUACAUUCCCUCAAAUUCAUUACAUCCACACCCCUUGUUUUUUUCAUUCAAUUCUCUCUCACCUUCAUCACCAUUACCUCCCACCACCUCCACCAUUAGCAAGCCACCACCACCCUAUGUUGUCGAUCACUGGCGCCACCGCCGACCAUGUUGCCGCCACCCACCACCAUCAUCCACCAUUAAACACCAGUGCCAUCACCACCCGCCACCACCAAACACCGCCGACCACUGCGACCCUCCGACACCGAACACAAGCGUUGUCAUCGCUGGUGCCGCUACCGACCACCGCCCAUCGUCGUCGCCACCCUCUACCACCGAACAUCGACACCACUACCGGCCACCGCCACCACCAACCACCGUCGCCGCCACCCUCCGCCACCGAACACUAGCGUCAUCGCCGACCACCGCCACUUUUUGCCACCGAACACCGCCGCCACCGCCGACCACCGCCACCCUCCGUCCGAACAUAGGUGCCAUUGCCGACUACCGCCACCCUCCACCACCGAACACCGGCAUCGUCGUUGCCACCACCGACCACCCACUGUUGCCAUGGACCACUGCCACCACCCGCAACCGCAACCCAUCACUGAUUGUAUUCCUUCUUAUUUUCUUGUCUACCAAACAGCACAAGGUAUGA